AUGGUCGCGUCAACUACGUUCCAAGACCGCCCGCUGCUGCUGGCAGCGGCGCUCCUCACGUUGCUCCUUCGCAUCGUGCACUGCCUGCAUCCCGACGCGAUGGCUCUCCUCACCUUCAAAAGCAUCAUGGGCGCAACUUUCCUCACGUCAUGGGAUCCCGCAACCUCCCACUGCUCCGCGUGGGAGGGCAUUCAUUGCGACCAAGACAACCGGGUGUCGUGGUUCACGCUGUCGCCGUGCUGGGGCCAGUGGCCCCCAACUCCCACGAUGCAAGGCUCAUUUGACGCCGCCACGAGCCUCGGGGACCUCACCGAGGUCACGCCUAUCGACCUGUCGUGCAACGACUUCACUGGCAGUCUCCCCUCGAUCUUCAGCAAGCUUACAAGGCUCACGCUGCUGCGCCUCCGCAACAACAACCACUGGGAAUGGUCACUUCCCAAGGAUAUGCUCGCCAUGCCGAAGCUCGAGUUUCUUGACCUUUCCAGCACGAACCUCAGAGGGGACCUGCCCACGGAGAUGCCGUUCUGGUCGCCGCUACUCAAGCACCUCGACCUCUCGUACAACGUCUUGACAGGCGACAUUCCUUCGGGAUUUAGCCUUCUUUCGGAACUCCAGUACCUCAACCUGCGCGCGAAUCGCAUUGUAUAUACAGAAACGCCCAACGCGAUUCUGUCCAUGAGCCGCCUCACCUUCCUCGACAUUUCCGAUAAUCUUUUCACCGGCGAACUGUCGUCAGAGCUCGGGCUCAAGGUGCCCAGCAUUAUGCACCUGGCGGCCGGCAACAACCAGCUGACCGGCAGCAUUCCGGACUCUUUGACGCUGCUGACGGCGCUCACAUCACAAAAAACCCGGAGUUCAACCGAGUUGUGGCAGGUAACGGACUACGUUGAUAGUAUGGGUCGGGGGGUGAGGCUUGGAGAGCAGAAAGGAGACUCCAGCAUUGCCUCUGCCCUCUCUCUCUCCCAUCUCUGUUCAGCCACUCCUGUCAGUGGCAUGGAAAGAAAGGCCAGAGAAGGGGCUCGAAUGAGGGUAUGGGUGGGGGGGCUGAGGCUUGGAGAGCAGGACAGAGACUCGAGCAUGCCUCUGCCCUCUCUAUCUCCCAUCUCGGUUCAGCCACUCCUAUCAGUGGCAGGGAAAGAAAGGCCAGAGAAGGGGCUGAAAUGA